GUUAGGAAAUUCCCACAGAACACAACAUGUGUCUGAUCCUACCAGACGAGACCACCGCAGAGCCUUCACAUGAGACUCCGCUUAUCUGGGAGAAGUCUGCAUCCACUGUGCUAUAAAAGGCAGGACUGGCAGAAGGACAGACAGAGGCUCUGCACGUCUCACUCAGCUGUGGUGCAAGAUGGCAAAAGUUCUUCUCAUAUCUGUUCUGCUCGUUUUCAUGACUUGGUGCGGCCCGCAUGGCAAUGAAGGUGCGUUCUCCUUCCACAUGGAUGACGUAAUCCGAAUCGUGGAGGACCUGGAGCGUUUGAACCCGGAGCUGGAGAUCCUCGAUGCUGUGGAGCUCCUACGCUCAGCGGGACGCUACGACAGCGCGUACCUUCGACUCCUGCUGGGAGACGGGACGAGGGGUGACCGCAAGCCUGUGCCUUCAGAGCUGAGCCAGGAUCAAACACACUUCAUCAGCAGCCUUCUUAACCAUGAGGUCUCGGGGGCCAGGGAGGGAGGGGUGGUCUUGACUCCAGAUGGCACUUCGGUGGCUGUCGCCCCUCUUCUCAUUGGCAUAGAGGCCGGGCUGAAACGGAAGAGGAUUGCCCUUGAAAAAGUAGAUGUCCUGUACGCAGCGUCCCUGGCGAAAAAUUUAGCCUUGUCCUUCGUCGGUCACCACAGGAGGCAGAACAGCGAGCGUCUGGGGCCGGACGGCUGCUGGGAUAACGUGAAGACGCCCCAGGUUUUUACCCUGAUGGGGGACCCUUCUCCAACCACCGACGCGCUUAUUAACGGAGCGCUGGAUGGCGUGAUUUUGGGGGACCAGCUUUCGAAAGGGGGCAAGCCCCCCGUACUGAGCGCCCUGCUGAAGAGGUAUUAUCAGUACGGGGCUGAGGCAGCAGCAGGAAGCUCUCCCGGACUGCAGAGUCGUUUUAGACGAAGGAAUUUCGCAGCGCUGGUCAGUAUGCCGGUCCUGCAGGAGCAGACAGUGAAGUCCUUUAUUCUGUACCGGGAGCUCAGCAGCCUGCUGCCCCUGAGAGACAUCGAGGGGAUCGUAAGAGAAGGGCUGCAGGAUUUCCAGCAGAGGUACCUUGACUGCCCCCCGGUGAUCCCGCGAUGUAUGUGGGGGGCUCAGCCGUACCGGGGUACCCCCACAAACCUGACGCUGCCCCUGAGCUUCCUGUACAUCCACCACACCUACCAGCCAGCCCAGCCCUGCACAACCUUCAGCCAGUGCGCUGCCGACAUGAGGAGCAUGCAGCGCUUCCACCAGGAGGACCGCGGCUGGGACGACAUCGGAUACAGCUUUGUUGCGGGUUCUGACGGCAACCUGUAUGAGGGUCGCGGGUGGGAGUGGCAAGGUGCCCACACCAGAGGGCACAACUCCAAAGGCUACGGCGUGAGCUUCAUCGGCGACUUCACCUCUGUCCUCCCGGACGCCUCAGCGCUCGCCCUCGUCAGGGACAGCUUCACCAAGUGCGCGGUGGAGGGGGCGCGCCUUGUCCCCGACUUCACCGUGCAUGGGCACCGGCAGAUCGUGAACACCUCCAGCCCCGGGGACGCGCUCUACUCCGAGAUAACGACGUGGAAGCACUUCAAGGAAGUCCAAGCACCAGGAAGAAAGCCCUUUGAAUUAGAAAAACAGAAUAAAAGUGUGUUCUCCUUCCACAUGGAUGACGUAAUCCGAAUCGUGGAGGACCUGGAGCGUUUGAGCCCAGAGCUGGAGAUCCUCGAUGCUGUGGAGCUCCUACGCUCAGCAGGACACUAUGACAGCACGUACCUUCGACUCCUGCUGGGAGACGGGACGAGGAGCGACCGCAGGCCUGCGCCUUCAGAGCUGAGCCAGGAUCAAACACACUUCAUCAGUAGCCUCCUUCACCACAAGGUCUCGGGGGCCAGGGAGGGAGGGGUGGUCUUGACUCCAGAUGGCACUUCGGUGGCAGUCAGCCCUCUUCUCGUUGGCAUAGAGGCCGGGCUGAAACGGAAGAGGCUUGCCCUUGAAAGCGUAGACGUCCUGUAUGCAGCGUCCCUGGCGAAAAAUUUAGCCUUGUCCUUCAUCGGUCACCACAGGAGGCAGAACAGCGAGCGUCUGGGGCCGGACGGCUGCUGGGAUGACGUGAAGACGCCCUGGGUUUUUACCCUGAUGGGGGACCCUUCUCCAGCCACCGAUGCGCUUAUUAACGGAGCACUGGAUGGCGUGAUUUUGGGGGACCAGCUUUCGAAAAACGGCAAGCCCACCAUACUGAGUGCCCUGCUGAAGAGGUAUUAUCAGUACGGGGCUGAGGCAGCAGCAGGAAGCUCUCCUGGACUGCAGAGUCGUUUUAGACGAAGGAAUUUCGCAGCGCUGGUCAGUAUGCCGGUCCUGCAGGAACAGACAGUGAAGUCCCUUAUUCUGUACCAGGAGCUCAGCAGCCUGCCGCCCCUGAAAGACAUCGAGGGGAUCAUGAGAGAAGGGCUGCAGGAUUUCCAGCAGAGGUACCUUGACUGCCCCCCGGUGAUCCCACGAUGUAUGUGGGGGGCUCAGCCGUACCGGGGUACCCCCACAAACCUGACGCUGCCCCUGAGCUUCCUGUACAUCCACCACACUCACCAGCCAGCCCAGCCCUGCACAAGCUUCAGCCAGUGCGCUGCCGACAUGAGGAGCAUGCAGCGCUUCCACCAGGAGGACCGCGGCUGGCACGACAUCGGAUACAGCUUUGUUGCGGGUUCUGACGGCUACCUGUAUGAGGGUCGCGGGUGGGAGUGGCGCGGCGCCCACACCAAAAUGCACAACUCCAAAGGCUACGGCGUGAGCUUCAUUGGCGACUUCACCUCUGUCCUCCCGGACGCCUCAGUGCUCGCCCUCGUCAGGGACAGCUUCACCAAGUGCGCAGUGCAGGGGGCGCGCCUCGUCCCUGACUUCACCGUGCACGGGCACCGACAGGUCGUGAAGGGCACCUCCUGCCCCGGGGACGCGCUCUACUCCGAGAUAACGACGUGGAAGCAUUAAGGAACUCGACAGCGGAUGCCAGCGAACUACCGAGCUCCGGAGGACAAAGGCCCGUGCACGGUGAAGUCGGGGACGAGGCUUGCCCGCUGCACCGCACACUUGGUGAAGCCAUCCUCCUUUGAGCUCAAUGGGAGCCUGACCAGCAGGGUUCACUGUAGCGCGGCGAGGAGAGCCAGAGCCAAGUUUACUAACAUAGGGGAUCAUUUGUGAUAUUGCAUUAUUAGGGAUGUGGUAUUAAUUUGACAGAACCAGUACUGCUGUGUCAAUGCAUUCCACUACGUUAUCCAAAAUACUGCACUUCAGCAAUAAAAUGCAACAUGUGGAUA